CCUGCGGCGGCAUCGUGCCCGUGCCCGCCGUGUAUAUCUCUCCCCUUCAGUACACUUCAGUAUGAAGCCGACGACCGUGCCAGCUGCAGCGGCUGCACCUGCCGCACCGUCCUCGACAACGCGCGACCAUCGUGUACACCGCCGCGCCUGCGACGCGCCGCGUCGCCGUGCCUCCUGAUCGUGGGACGAGACCCCCGCACGCGUCUCGGAAUUCCGUUCCCGUCCUCGUCUCGUACGAAGAGGAUCCUCCGCUGGGAUCCUCGCUGCGUAAGCGGAUCGAUCGCCGUACGGCCAAAAGGGGGAAGGAACCGCGCGAUCGCGAUUUCUUUUCUUCUUUCUCUCCUUCGCUCGCUCCCUUCGUCGACGAAGGAGACGCCGUUGGGAUUCGUCCUGGCGCGUGCUCGUGCACGUGUCGCAUCCAGGUGGACACAGAUAGUCGCGCGUGCAUCCGGUACGCGCGCAUGCCGGGCGAAUCGUCCCGCGGGUGAGAAGAACUGUGGAUACGCGAAGAAGGCAGCGCAUCUCUCGGCGUUUUCCCUCUUGGACUAAAAGUGAAAACUCCGUCCUUCGUCCUUGCUCCGUUCGUCGCCUUGGUGCUCGGACUCCCGUCGGUGAUAACCUUGGUAAUUAGGCGAGAGCGGACAGACUUCGCGGGAUAGCGCGACACGAUCAUUCGUCGCGGCAAGAUUUCGUAAUGCCACCGCCCUAUCAUCAACAUCGUUAGGUGGUGGACCCUCGCAAUGUCCUCGAUCUUAGGAGACGGAACGGGCCCUGGAGGUCCCGGGCCCUCCCGAUGCCUCUUGCUCCUGCAGAGGUCCCUGGCGAUUCAAUUGAUCCGAGGUUCGCCUCCUCACGUCGCAAACGCCGGCCAACGGGAAAGUCCAAAGGAACAUCCAGCCGACGAGAUGUGGAUGUACGACAAGGGCUACAAUCUAUUUCAGAGUUUCUUGGAAGCGAAUUCCAAAUGCUGGUGGAACGCGGCUCUGGUGGAUGCGACCCGGCAGCUAAGGUACAAGGGCCACGUGUCGCCGGGUGUGCUGAUGGUUAGCGGACCGCCCUGCGCCCUCGAGGUUUUGAGGGCGGCAUGGGCGCGAAACGUUCUACGACCACCCGCGGACCACUCGAUCACCUGCCUCGGUGAUAUAGAGGACUGUCUAGUGGCUCCAGUUUCCCAAGGUCAGUUCACGCCGCUGCCAGAAGCCUUGUGCUGGGCCAUUCUGGAGCUGACUUCUCAGAGGCAGGCGGCGACCUUGGACACCCUCAGAUCAGCCCUGAGGAAUGCCUUCCCGGCCAUGCAGAGGCCCAGCCGAGAGCUCGUUUACGACGCGCUCGCCAAGCUCAUGCAAGAACGAAAGAUCUAUCACACGUCUCAGGGCUACUUCGUCGUAACGCCUGAGACCAAGAGGCUUAGACGCGACUCCGGUAGCUCCAGGCGGUGUUCCAGGGACGUGAACGGGUCCAGAGGUCAGGGUAGCAUGCUGAUGAGCAACGACGAGGCGGUGGCACUCGUACACGGCGAGAUGCUCACUCUGCGAGACGGCGAUGUUACGCAUCAGGCCGUACAGACGAACCUGGCGGACGUUAUUUGCGGAGGAAAUCCCAACGACAAAGUCCUGUUCGCCAGGUGUCGGUCGAUGCCCGGCCGUCUCGAGAGGCGACACUCUCUGCGGCUUUGGGGCUCGGCCAGACGUUUACACAGAAGCGGAAGUUCACGGUCCCUACCGCGAAGACCUGAAAGGAGCGACACGUCUUCCAGCGCGGAAUACGCGAGCACGGACAGCGCGCCUCACAGUCCAACCAGCUUUUCUGGGAUUUUUUCAGAGAAGAUAGGCCUGCUCUCCAGGCUCUUUCGGCGGAGCACAAGGAGGAAGGGCGCACCGUUAAUGGGCACUUUCAGUGCUCAGUAUCCCCCCACCGAGUGGUUUAAUCCGCGCGUCGUGCAUUUGCAUAGCGUUGCCACGCAGACAAGGGCCGCCAGCCCUUCGAUGAUGGAGGGUUUAGACCAGUCGCAGGCCAGUUUCCAAGUGUGGGAUGACUCGAGCUCGGUGCGAUCGGCCACUUUACCAAGGCGACAUCGGCGCCAAGCCAGCGGUGACUCCUCGAGUUUGUUGGCUAAUUCGACGCCAAGAAGCUCCCGAAGGCAUCGGUCACCGUGCUCCACUCUGCCGAGAUCCAAAUGCUCCAGUCUGAGCAGAUGCACGUCUAGAGCGUCUGUUCUACCGCCCAGCACCACCAACCAGGAGGGCUAUCAAGCGCGUAACCAGACGCAGAACGAUAAAAACUCGACGAAUUCGUCGCCCAGCAGAAGCGGCGGCAGCUCUGGUUCAGUUAGAACGAUAAAUGCCAGCCCGGCUAAGACGACUACGUUGGGAAGGCCCAACACUAGGCAGUCCAACUCCAGAAGACCAAGUCACGAUUUUAGCAACAGCGGCACUAAAUUGGCCAACGGUUCUCCGCAGCACAAGGUGCUGCAAAAAACUUCGUCGGGUCAUUCGUCUCACUCUAGCGGCAAGUCGAUUUCCAGUACGAAAUUGACUUGCUCGCCAUUGAAGACGGCCACGCUGUCGACGAAAUCGUCACCGCUCAAAGUCGUUCAGCAAGGUUCGCUGACUCCUCUGCAAGAGGCGCAGAACUCGAUAACCCUUCAGGUGUCCACCAAUCUGAGCCCGUCGUCGCAGGAGCAACGGACGAUACAGAAUAGCGUGACGCUGGCUUCUAACACGAGUAGCACGACGACCAUUUCCGGCUCGCCCGGCACGAAGAUCUACGUUCACCAGAAUAACUCACCGAUGAGGUCCGUAAUCACUUUCGAGAACGGCACGGUGAAGACGAAGAUUGCCGAGAAGGAAGUCAUCGACUGCAAGGAGAAGCAGGAAAGGGAGCUGGUGGCCGAGAAAGCCUUCAAGACCCGGGUGGACGACGAGAAGCUUUUUAAAUCGAAGCUAGACGACGAGAAGCUGAACAAGCCGGUCAAGGUCGAGCGUCCGUCAUCCCUCUACGCGUCGAAAGAGCCAAAAACGAGCCUUUUACUGUCGGAAUCUGACAAAGAGAACAAGCCGAAAGUCGAGGACGAAGUGCCUAAUAAAUUAAAACUGACGAAUCGCCUGAACAAUAGUCAGGCCCACCUGAUCGACGGCUCGAGCAACAACGUCGACAAGAACGCCCUGGUGCACGAGGCCGCCGCGUUGUCCACCACGAAGAACACCAACGACGCGAUGAACAACUCGCGCAAGCUUAGCUUGUCGCUGUCGAAGGACGCGCUGAGUUACCGCAAUCUACUUCAUCCCGGCUCGAAGAAUAAUAUCGCCUCGAAUCCGCCGUCGCCCACCAAGUCGUACGACGGAUUCGGCGGUUCCUUCAACGACGUCUACAUCGAGAACCUCGAGACGGUGAAGCAGCAGCGAGCCCCUCAGGGCUCCGAGCCCAAUCUGGAUAAGACCGUGAGCCGAGGCUCGGAUCUGCACUCUUAUCCCAGUCUCAGCGACAUGCAGGUGCAAUUUACCAGCCUGGCGGCGCAGAAGAUCCUCAAGGGCUGCCCGAUUAACAGCGUCGACACCUUGGUGGAGGUGAACAUGGCGGCCGCCGAUAAGCCCAACAACUGCGACGUCACCGUUCAUACGGAUUUUGGCCUCGUUUGAAUUUCAUCCCCCCCCCCUGAACAUCCGUCGAUUAUCGUACUACGAGGGUAGGGACAAGGGAGCUGUCGAUCCUCGCGUCCCACCCGAGCAUAUUACGUCCAUGAAAAACAACGUGCCUCGAGGCGAGCAGGAUCGAAGAAACGUCACUAACGCCUUGCUUCUCAUACAUGAGGAUAGAAAGCUAUACUUUUUUUUUAUUUUUGUUUGUUAGUGGAAAAAGGCCACGGCUUGCGUAAGAAUAUUACACACGGGACACGCGUAACAGUUACCAGUGAUCUGUCGCUUACGUACAUCUCUCCUCUCUGUGUCUUUCAACGAGCAUCCGUGUUCCCGAACAAUCGCUGUGCCAAUCUUGUGCUUUAUUAUCUGAAUUAAUACGAUAAAAUUUUCAAUCUCGCUUAUUGAGCAUGAAAUCCGCUUCUUUCAAAGAUGCUAUCCCGAAAUAAUUUCUCCAUGAUCAAAUUACUAAAUUAUAUUUUAUACAUAAUAGAAAUUCAGAUUGUCGUGUAAAUCGUACGUGUAAUCAAGUAACAGACGGGUACGAAAUGUAUUUUGUACUCAAAAUUGCGUUGAAAAGAUAUGGAAAAUGCAGAUAUCUUUCUUCAGUUCGUUGUUAAAACAAUCACCGUCCCACGUUUUCAAAAAUACAGGAUCAGCUUUUGAUAAUCCGAGUAUGCGUAUACCCGAAAAAAUAUAUUUAACUCUUUUCAAGACUUACAAAUUCAUGGGACACGCGUGCAUCGUUGUAACGUCGGUGGUUUUGCGUCGCUUUACUCGAGCUAAAGCGAUUUGUCAAAGCGACAAUCUCACGUACAACGGUCACGCGCGACCCACGGAAUAAACAAGGAGGAGGUGAAAAAUCUUUCCGAAUUAAAGCACUGCCAUUUUUCUACCGCGUAUUUAUACUCUUCGGAUAUUUUUCAUAUUAAUUUCUAUGCCUACGCGAUAAAAAGACUUUCAGGCGCUUUCGUAGCGAAUUAAGACUAAAUGGUACAGCGAAGUUUUGUAACGCGAUGUAGGCAGAGGAUUUUCUUGUAAAAUUUCUUUCGGACGAUAAAAUGUGGAUUAAGUGAUAAAGCGGAGAAUGCCUUUACCGCGCGUUAUUAGGCGCGUCAUUAAGCGCGAGCAGCUGACAAAUUAAUAGCAAUACCGUCCCCCAGGAAGCCCGGAUAAUGUAGAAAAGAUCGAGAACGAUCUUGAUGCGAGGGUCGCGAUUCUCGCUGCGCCGCACACCGCGGAGAUUUGAUAUCAAAUAUACAUAUAUGUUAUACAUAGUGUAGAAGAAGGGCGUUUUCUCGGAGCGCGGCCGCGCGGUACCAUUCGCAAUUAGUGCAAUCGUAAAUCUGUAAGUGCCAAAACUUAUAUCGUAGUACUUAAUGACCGACCGCCUUAAUGAUUCCGUUCGCGCGACGACUUCGCCGGCGCAUUUUUAUUCGGCGACGACGGUGACGAUUUCGGUCAGAUUUCGGUCUCGAGCAAACGCGCGAGAAAAAAAGAGGGAAGUAAUCGCCAAUCGCGCGAAGCCGUAGCCUUAGAUUAAAAACAGGUAGGCAAUUAAGCGAGUACGGCACGAGAGAUGAGGAAGAGACAUGCCCGCUUUGUACAUUUCAUACUCUGUACCGCAGAUUAACCGAUCGACGACGUGGAUUCGCGAUCGCCGUUCGCUCUACACGUUUCAAAAAACGCCGACUUUCCGCUUAUGUUACGCGCUUUUAAGUCACCUAUCAUUAUCGACGAAAUAAUUACAAGUCGUAAUUGUCAAUUAGUGUGCCACAAACGAUUAUUAUAACUUGCGAAUUAUUAUUGUUACGGAGCUACAACAAUUUAUUAUAAUGCUAUUACAAUCUGUAUGAAUUAUUAUAAUUGAUUUUUUUAUAACGGUUUAAUAAUAACUUAAAAAAAAUAUAUAUAUAUAGGACGUAAUUUUUUAGCGUCAAUUAAUUUCGAUAUGAACACACGCAGAGAAAUUUAAAAUUACAAUUGAAAUAGUAUGUGAUUGAAAAUUUGUGAGGAUGUUGAAGGAUGAUACUAAUUGAAGGCGAAUUCAAAGUUCGAUUAACUUAAUCGGUGAUUAACUUGUCAAGUGAUACCAUUCCGGUAAUAUGAAUAGAAUAUGUUAAAAAAAUUGGAAAUUGAACGAUUAAUGUCCAUUUCUACCAAUGUAAAUUACUCUCACU